GACGAUCAAAUUCAAAUAUCAUUAUGUGUUUGGUGUUUAUUGUAGACGAAGACGAGAAGGUGAUCGGGCGGUACGCAGCAGGCGGCGCGUGCCCCUACUGCGGUGGUCAAGUCCAGGCUUUAGAUGUUGAAAAAGCAUGGCGUUUAUGGUACGUCCCUUUGUACACCCGUACCAAACGCAAGUUUCUUUGCUCUUUUUGUAAUCGCCCUUUGAUCAUUCAAUAUCCAUAAUUAUUGUUCAUGUUUGUAUUAAAUUAUUGUAAUUGUUCGAAAUAUUUAUAUUACAAAGUACUCCGUAUAUGAAUAAUAAUGAUUAUGUAAUU